AAAACCCAAGUAAUCCCUUCCCUUUUUCAUCUCUGUCCAUUGUCACUCUGUAUUUAAGAAAUGUAAUCCAGGACAUUUCACACUUAACCACACAACCAGAGCUGGUGGGGGUGGGAAUGCAGUGCAAGGUGGUAACCUGGGGCUGACCCAACCAGCUGUUUUAAGCAGGGCUUGGUGUAAACCUCAGAGAUGUUGUCAGACCGUGGUCCUGGACCAAGGUCUGCCUGAAUUCUACAUAAACUGAAAUUUAGAAGGAACUGUCAGGCAACAGAGGGACUCUCCAAUGCUAUGUAUUAUCAUGUCUGGGUUAAUUAGCCAUUCUGCUUAGGCUGCAGACUUCAGAAAGGCUCUCAUAUGGUACAGCUCAGCACCUGCCCACCACACUCUCCUGUAAGUCUAGUGUGGGAAGGUCUCCCAAGAGUUCUGUAGAGCACAGUGUUUACUACACUGCUCAGAUUCCCUUGAAUUCAGUUUAGAAUCAACUACCAAAUCCAUUUGGUUCAAAAACCCAGUUAGAGGAGCAAAAGGCAGAAUCAGCCCUGUCUGGCUUUAACUCACCCUCUCCCACCUCUGUAGAAACUCUAGGCCCCUUAUUUCAGGCUUCUCUUGGCACUUGAGUGUAGGGUUUUGUGGCAUGUAUCUUGGGGACUGUGUCCCUGCAGUCUGUCAUAGGUGCCAUUCUUGUUGCCUUUGUGUAACACUUACCAGCCUGGAGGCUUACAGAAAGCCAAGAGGUAAUGUCUUAAACAAAAAGGGAAGAUCCUGAGGGCUCCCAUUGUCAGAGUGGGGGAUAUUGAUACAACAGGGAGGAUACGGAACUCUAAAUAUCUUUUGUGAAAGAACCUAUGGUUCUGGGCUACAGGUGAAGCUGCCAACAGGGAAGUUCUCCAUGAUCAUCAUCUACAGAGGAGUUGGUGCAAUCCUUAAUGUUUACUUUUUUCAAGAAAACAACAGCGAUUUCCUUGUUCCCCCCUCCAUUUACCUCCAUGGCUGUGCUACACAAUGGAGCUCUCUGCUGGUUGCCCCAUAGCACAGCACAACACCUGGAAAGGUUCUAGAGCAGCUGGAAGGGUUCUAGAGCCCGUGUCUCAGACAACUGGGAUGGAGACGUGGCUGCUGGGUGCUGUCCUUCUCUACAUGGCAGAUGUUCUCCACUCUUACGCGGUUGAGGAGAAAGAUGAUGUAUUCCGGCGCAUGGUAUGUCCUGCUUUCCUGAUGUUUGACAACGCCGCCUACUUGGCCGACAUGACCUUCGAGCUCCCCUGCAACUGCAAGCCCGAGGAGGUCUCCAACGUCGUCUGGUAUUUCCAGAAGAGCAUGGGAGGCCACGAAACCACCGUCCUGACAGACUUUUCUGGCAACAUGGUGCUCGACUCGGGCCACAUCCACGUGGGCAGUGAUGUGCUGAAGCGUUUCACCAUCCGGAUGUUCAGCCUCAUCAUUUUCCGUGCCCAGGAGUCAGAUUCAGGACACUACAUUUGUGGCACCAAGAAAGGGGAUUUUUUUUAUGGCUACGACGUGGAUGUGCAGCCCACCAAACGCAUCACAGUGGCAUUCUUGGACGAAGGACAGCACGUCCAGGAUGAUUACACAGGGAAGGCCUUCAGCGUCUUCACCACCUUCUGGGACUGGACCAAAUGCGACCGCUGUGGGGUGCGAGGUGAGCAGCGGCGCAUUGGGCUCUGCUACAUGCAGAGCACCCGGCUGCACCCACGCUACCGCACCGUGCUGCACAAUGUCACCUCCUGCGGCUCCAGGGCUGUUCCUCCACGGUUCCAGCGCUCCGGCCGCCGCUGGAAGCCUGAGGUGGCGAUCCGGAGCUGCACGACCCCGUGUGAGCAGGAGGACAACCCACAGGAGGGCGUGCAGGCCAUCUCCAACAUCAUCCACAAGCUGGGUCAGAAGCCCUGGCUGCCCAAUGUCCCCACGCAGUACUACAAGCACCCGCUGGGUAGGGAUCUGGUCAUUGCCUGUCCCAGGGCCCGACCUGAGCACGCCGUGGCGUGGGACUGGGACUCUGUGCGGCUCUACCGCUCCCGCUACCUCGUGGGUGUCAACAGGACCAUGAGAGUCUUCAUUGACCACGGAAACCACCUGCACAUCCGGCGGGUCCGCUUCAGUGACAGAGGCACCUACUUCUGCUGGAGGGAGGGCAAACUGGUGGCCGGACUGCGGCUCACCGUCAGCUACGAGUCCAAGAGCCGCCGCAAGCUUACUGACCCCGAGACCAUCUACAUCCUCAAGGCCAUCAGUGUGAGCUACAUCCUCAUUGGGGCCAUCUUCUUCAGCAUCCACUUGAGCCGCUGCUGCUGGCGGAUGCUGCGGUCCUCAGCGAGGACAUAGCAUCAGUCUUACACCUUGCACCAUUCCCUUAUGGGCAAUUUAUGGUUUUCACCACUAGAAAUGCUGCUCGUGCCCUCUUAUCCUCCACUCGGGGUUGUGCUGUGAUGAAGACCAAAGUGGAAAGUCCCAUUGCGCUGUGGCAGGGAUUUGCCACCACUGUGUCACUUCCUGGCCACACUGAAGGCUUGUGGUGGGGUUUUAACCUCAGUAAUCCUGUUUGAAUGAA